AUGGCUGGUGUUUGCGCGCGGGAUGGCAGCAGGCCCUUGUUCGCCCUCGUCGUGCUGGUUCUGCUUCACACGCCUUGCGCCGUCCGAGAGCAGACCGACUUGGACAUUCUGGAGACUGGUCUCGGUUCCGGCCUCGGACAACUGCCCGGGGGCAUCGGGGUCGAGCUGAACAAGAUUCCAGGAUUGGGCGGGAAGAGUAAGAAGUCCCUCGUCGAGGCCAUCGAGUUCGCGAUCGCGAAGCAAGGGAAGGGCUCGUUCACGAACAAGUGCAGGGUCAUGGCGAACUGGUUCCGCAUGGUCUCAGACGAGACAGGUAUCGCUGACGCCGUCGACGCCAUGAGAGCGGUGCAAAAAGAGCUCACCGUGCAGAGUUGUCCAGAUUUGGAUGCCUUGCUCGCGGGAUCGUUGCUUCAAACAUCCGGCGCCGUCCGACACACCGACUCUGAUUCGGACUCCGGCCUCGGAAAACUGCCCGGGAGCAUCGGGGUCGAGCUGAACAAGGUUCCAGGACUGGGCGGGAAGAGUAAGAAGUCCCUCGUCGAGGCCAUCGAGUUCGCGAUCGCGAAGCAAGGGAAGGGCUCGUUCACGAACAAGUGUAGGGUCAUGGCGAACUGGUUCCGUAUGGUCUCAGACGAGACAAGUAUCGCUGACGUCGUCGACGCCAUGAGAGCGGUGCAAAAAGAGCUCACCGUGCAGAGUUGUCCAGACUUGGAUGCCUUGCUCGCGGGAUCGUUGCUUCAAACAUCGGGCGCCGUCCGCGAACAGACCGACUCUGAUUCGGACUCCGGCCUCGGAAAACUGCCCGGGAGCAUCGGUGUCGAGCUGAACAAGGUUCCAGGUCUGGGCGGGAAGAGUAAGAAGUCCCUCGUCGAGGCCAUCGAGUUCGCGAUCGCGAAGCAAGGGAAGGGCUCGUUCACGAACAAGUGUAGGGUCAUGGCGAACUGGUUCCGUAUGGUCUCAGACGAGACAGGAAUCGAUGACGUCGUCGACGCCAUGAGAGCGGUGCAAAAAGAGCUCACCGUGCAGAGUUGUCCAGAUUUGGAUGCCUUGCUCGCGGGAUCGUUGCUUCAAACAUCGGGCGCCGUCCGCGAACAGACCGACUCUGAUUCGGACUCCGGCCUCGGAAAACUGCCCGGGAGCAUCGGUGUCGAGCUGAACAAGGUUCCAGGACUGGGCGGGAAGAGUAAGAAGUCCCUCGUCAAGGCCAUCGAGUUCGCGAUCGCGAAGCAAGGGAAGGGCUCGUUCACGAACAAGUGCAGGGUCAUGGCGAACUGGUUCCGCAUGGUCUCAGACGAGACAGGCACUGCCGACGUUGCCGACGCCAUGAAAGCGGUCCAGGGUGCGCUUGUUGUGCAGAGCUGCCCAGACUUGGACACCUUGCUCGAAGGGGCCUAG